CUGUCGCCCUGUUAUAUCUCUGUCGCCCUGUUACGAUGGCGCAAUCUUAUGCAUUCAGCAAAGAAUUAUUUCUUGCUCAAGAUGGUACCCCAAUGCAGUUCCAUUUGUCGCGAUGUCGCGACAAGGAGGAGUUGGAGGAUUACAUUAAGUACGGCGGAGGAUCCGUGGUGGAGCGUCCAGGACCAUAUACAGUCAUUAUUGAAGAUGCUCCACAAGACCCUCAAACUGUAUUUCAUGAUUCGUUCCAAUCUGAGUUUAUUAUUCAGUGCUGUUGUCAGAACAAAAUUUUAUCGCUCAAACAAUUCAGGUCGAAUUCUGUCAGCUUGUUUGUAGAUGACUUUGAUCCAAAUGAUGUUCUCCUUCACAAAAUUAGAUGGAUGGAUGGAAGGAGAAAAUACAAAUCAGCGGCAGAGGACUCUGAGUCCGAUGAAAGCAUUGCUGAGGACGAUGUAGAGUCCGAUACCCGUUCUAAAAAGAGCAGUAGAAACUCCAGGGCUGAGUUCACCAGGGAGGAGCGACAGAGAAUGGUUCAAUUCAUUAGGCAGCAGAAAGCUUAUACCGAAUUGAAAGGAACUGCUUUGUGGAAGAGAAUGGAGCCGACAUUCGAAAAUCAUUCCUGGCAAAGUCUUAAAGAGCACUUUUUAAAGAAAGUAAUGCCUCUCAUUCAUAGCUUCAAAUUAUCUGAGGAUGAACUUCGUGCUUUUCGGUAUGGUGCUAAAAGUGGACAAAAUUCAAAGAAACGUGUUAACAAAAAAAUCAGUAGUUCAGCUUACUCCUCUAAAGAGGACAAAAGCAUUUUGAAGUAUGUUUCUACUCAUGCUACUAAAAGUACUCCCCUAUCGGGUAACCAAUUCUGGAUGACAAUGCAAAAGAAAUCUCCUAUUCCUGGUCGCACAUGGCAAUCAGUAAGGGAAAGGUUCACAAAAUAUCUAAAAGAUAAGAAACUAUCUGACUACAAAAGCGAUGAAACUGCUUCAGAUUUCGAUACAAAUGAGAAUGAGAUUGUGCCCUCACGCCCUGAAGAAGCGUCUACAAGUGCUUGUCGCAAGAGAGACUCUUCAGCACUUGGGAACGUCUCUUCAAGUGCUUGGUUGACGAAGGAUGUCUCUUCAACGCCUGGGACAGCCUCUAUUAGUGUUUGCAAGAUCAAGAGUGUCCCUCUCAUUCCUGAGAAGGUUUCUAGUGCUGGCAAGAUGAACAAUGUCCCUUCAACUCCUGAGGAAGCUUCCUCUAGCACCAACAAUAUGAAGAGCGCACCUUCAACUCCAAGGGAGCCCUCACCCUCAAGUGCUCGUAAGGAGAACCGUCAAAAUGAUGCGGAGGGGUCACCAAUUCCAUGUAAAAAGCAAAAACGUAGAUUGUUUCAUGCUGCAACCGCUAUCAUUCCUGAAUUUUCUCCACUGACCGUAAAGGCAACAGGACCAAGUUGGUUAGAAAAGAAAUUCAACAACACUAAAAAUAAGAAGUUUGAAAAGCUAGUUGCAAUGAUCUCCGAGAAACAAGAUGAAUUAAAAGAUGCACCUGAGCAUCUGCCAGAUAAUGAUGACACACAAAAAGAUGAAGAUGUCCCAAAUAGGAGUGGGGGUGAUCUCGUUGCCUCACCCUCCAAAAACCAAGAGGCCACAUUCUCCAGAGAACAAAAUGAACAGUCAGAAAUAUGUGGAAGUGACCUGAUUCCUAUUCCAGCCAAUGGUGAUGUUGACUUGCAAAAAGACGAAGAUGUGCAGAAUUUAGGCAGGGUUGAUCAUUUUGCUUUUCCCUCCAUGAAUCAUCAGGCUGAAUCCUCCAGAAAAGAAGGGGAAAAGUUACUUGUUGAACACAGGUCAUCAGAUGGUGAUCAAGGGACAGAAUCUGAAUGGCCAAGUAAUUUCCCCCCUGAAAUAGUUGUGUUUAUUUCAGACUCUGAAAAUGAUCCUACUGAUGAGGGUUUUGAGGGAGAUGGUGAAGAUGAAAAUAAGGACGUUGAGUCAGAUUCAGAAUGGAGUGAUGAUGGACUAUUUUGGAGAGGAGGAGUUGUAUUUCCUGAUGGAGUGAGGAAGAAAAGAGACCCAAUAGCUCAUCCCAAUCUUGUGCGCCUGGCAGACCUCAAUACCCAUAAUGAAACUGAAGAGCAUAGCAAAGCUAACAAUAGGAACCAAUCUGAAGUGGAAAAGCAGGACUGUCCUCGGUCAAAGUGUAACCCUCCUAAGAACACUUCCAUGGCUGCUCCCAAAACCAUUCCACAUCAGUCCAAAAAUGAAAAAGGCAGAAAUGUUACCUAUGACUUUGUAAACCUAUCUAAUUCGUAUGAUGUAUUUCAAAUGUCAGUUAAUAGUUGCAAUCAAACUGCUCAACACGUACAUCAGGCUAGUGACUCUCAGUCAGUGGUCACACCAAGUCAUGAGCAGAGUCAACAAUUCAAAAAUUCACUCACCAAAGAAUCAAAUAGUCCAAGCCAGAAUUGUGAGAAGCCAAUUAAUGACAAAUUUAUGAGUGUUGGAGUGCAAUUUGCAUCAGGUAACAAAAGGCAUGUUUCUGUGCAAACAGAUCCAGUUUUAAUACUACCGAAGAAUUGGAUGGACAUGUUAUGAUAAAGUGGCUUCUGUCAUCAAGCACUUAUGAUUUACCACUUGAAUUUCUGGAACCUUCCACAGUGCCUGUAGGUUGCCCGUCUCCUGUCCCUGCUAAUGGUUAAUGGUUUUUCCUGUUCAGUGCCAUGAAUAUAUGUGUGAUUUUGAUCUGUCAUGACUCUUCAAGGUCAUUGUACAUUAUCUUUGCACAAUUAUAAUCACAAUGUUUUACCCUCCUUUUAUUGUAUAUUAUUAAAUUUGCUUUAUAAUGAAAAAA